AUGGAGGCCCCUCUGGACGUGCCCAUAGGGAACCUCAUUGACUUUGACACCGAAACGCCCGCCUGUGACCCCUCAGAGCCCGCUCCUCCCAGCGCUCCUGGGGACAACAAUCACCUGGGGGACACGGGGGAUGUGGCCGCGGAGGAGAGCGAUGCCACCGAGUCAGCAGACAGCGAGAAUGACAUGGGGGACUCUCCCCAGCACUGGGGUGGCUACCGCCGCUCCUCCUCCAACGAGUCCUUCUCCUCCAGCCAGAGCACGGAGUCGGCGCGGGACGAGGCCACGGCCGAGCGCCGGGAAUUCAUGCGGAAUUACGUGGAGAAGAUCUUCACUGGGGGAGAGGAUUUGGACCAAGAGGAGAAGGCCAGGUUUGGGGAGCUCUGCAGCAGUGAGAACGGGAAGGGCAGGGAGUGGUUUGCGAGAUACGUGAGCGCCCAGCGCUGCAACUCCAAGUGUGUCUCAGAGCAGACCUUCUACCGCCUGAUGCAGUCCUUUGCCCUCGUGCUCUUUGAGUGUCACCAGAUGGACGAUUUCAGCCCUGCCAAGAACCUCAUGACCAUGUGUUUUACCUAUUACUACAUAGGUAAACCUCAUGCCCUGCCCUUGGAGGCCAAGGAGAAGCCCGCAGGCAGCAUCGACGCAUACCUGAAGUCAGCAAACACCUGGCUGGCUGAGAAGAAGGACAUUGCAGAGAGGCUGCUGAAAAACACCUCAGCCAAGACAGAGAACGUCAAGGGCUUCUUUGGGGGCCUGGAGACCAAACUGAAGGGUCCUGCCACCAAAAAGAGCGACGAAGGAGAAGACAAACCAAAGGAGAAGCUGAAGAAGACAGUGUCCCUGCAGAGCCCAGAGGAGGAGAAGAAGGGGGAGAAGAUCUACCUGUACAUGCACCUCAAGCAGCAGCCGAUCUGGCACAAUCUCCGGUUCUGGAACGCCGCCUUCUUUGACGCCGUGCACUGCGAGCGCAGGAAGAGAUCCCCCACCACCAGGGAGAAGUGGUGCCACAUGACGCAGGAGGAGCGUGACGACAGCCUGCGCUUCAACGAGAACAUCACCUUUGGGCAGCUGGGCACCUUCAUCCACAACAUGCUGGCGUUUGGCCUCAACAAGAAGCUCUGCAGUGACUUCCUGAAGAAGCAGGCGACCAUUGGGAACUUGGAUGAAGAGCAAUUCAAGCUGCUUAGUGACCACAUCGAGCAGAUGGCCACGGAGUAG